ACAAAGUACUGUACUAUUAAAUCUUCAAGCGACUAACUCUGUCAAAAGAUUUAGUGCAUUCUUUCUCCGAGAUUUGCCUUUAUCUUCCGUUGGAAGUUGUAUUUGGCGUUGUCUCAUUUUUGGCUCGGAACCACAGCGCCAAUGAUGCCAUUAAACUGAGAGGAAAUGCAUCCACAAUGGAGAGGUACAUUGCCCUGGAAUCCAUCCCAUCGUGGUACAAGACACCCAGGGCCCAAACCAUUGCUCUGGGAGUAGUCUUUCUCUUGUUGUUUGCCGCCUACAAAACGAUCCAAUUCUAUGCUGCUUCCACUUACGGACCUACAAUCGCGGCGAAUUCCAUCUCGGCCCUGUAUGCUACCUUUACUCUGGGAUGCUUUGUCAGUCCAAGUGUCACCAACAAAUGGGGGGCAAGAAACACACUCUCCAUUGGAAUCAUGGGAUAUGUCAGUUUGGUCGUCUUUUCCUUGCUCUACUUUCAGGGAUACUGUGGAUCUUGGGGUGUCAUUCUAGGUGGAGUGCUCUUGGGCAUGGGGGCGGCUCUCUUGUGGACGGCACAAGGAAAACUUAUUUUGCAGUAUGCGGCCGAGGCAGACCGACAAAAAAAGAAUUCUUCUUCCGACGAAGGUACACAAGGCUCCGAGAGUGGCCAGUUGCUCGGUACCUUUUGGGCAGUCUUUCAGUGUAGCUCGCUGGUGGGCGGGGCCAUUAGCUUCUCCUGUUACUAUCAUGCUGCAGAUUCCAUCGAACAAACCAAUGCAGUUGCCACUCCAUCUGUGAAUCUGUACUUGAUCUUUCUUGGACUGAUCCUGCUGAGUGCCAUGCUGUCGCAACUUUUGUUGCCGCCAUCCAGUCUCGGGUUUCUCCAAACUGAUGGGAAGAACUCCGAAGCGGAGGAAACAAUGGAGAUUGACGAACAAUCCCCACUGCUGCAAAAGUGCGUCGAAGAGACCUCAAACAAUAAACAGACUGAGCUGCCUGGGGGUCAAGAAGAAGAUUCUUGGAUGGACGAAGCCAAGGGAACGCUGUCACUCUUUGCAAACAAUCGCUCCAUUCAGAUUCUGGCUUUGAUCUUCUUCUACACGGGCUACAAUCAGCCCUACCAACAGGCUACCUUCACACGCUUCCUCAGCAAGCGAGCAAUAGGUUUGGAACAGAUUAUAUUUCACGCCAUGGCCAUUCUAGGGGCCAUUGUCUGCGGACGUCUCUUGGAUCGCAAGAGACGAGCCUUCCCAGAAUCUGGAGCUUCAUCAUCCGACAAUGCACCGCGAGUGGCCAUUCAGAGUUUGACAAUCUUCUUGAUCGUCAAUAUGCUUGGCAACUUGAUUGCGUUGGGGGAAGAGAUGAACAACGACGAGAGUGUCAUUGUGGACAUUGCCAGCCCAUGGGCAACCAUCUUGCGCCCAUCGCUGGCGUUUGCAUGCUGGGGUUGGGCUGACUCACAAAUUCAGGUAUACAGCUACUGGCUCAUGGGCCGGUUGUUUUCGUCUUCGACUCACGAUUUUUCCAGUGCAGUUGCAUUCUACAAGUGCUUGGAAUCACUUGGAUAUACAGUGGGCUUCUACUUGACCCCCACUAACCGCCUAGGUGCCAUGCAACAACUUACACUUUCUUCGAUCGUCUGCUUGACUGGGACAGCCCUUGCUUUCUUGGUACUCCCUCCAAGAAGGUAGCAGUCAGCCUUUGUAACUGCAUUGCAAGACACAAGCUCCGAAGCAUCUAGCUAACUUUUGGAGUACGAUUUUCUCAAUUUGAUUAUUUAAAAAACGAAUGAGUUCCUGAAACAUACAUAGAACUAGAUUUGUCUCCAGUUUCAGUAGCAUCCAUGACUAUGCUAUCCAUAGUCGAAAACUCUAGCUAGC